GACUGUUGGAUUUGCGUGGAAGAAGAAUGGAAACAACGGUACUAUCACGGGUGGCGUCUUCUUCGUCUUCUAUUUCUGUAAUUUUUCUCUUUUCGAUUUUUACAGUGUGGGAGUCACACUAUCUGUGCCUUUUUGUGAUGAUCAAAGCUCUCCAGUGAGAAAGAGAACCUGAUUCCGUUUCACCUUUAACAACCUUUUUCUUUUUGUCUUUACCUCCUCGUCUUUUCAUCUCCGGCAGUCUAAACUGAGAGAGAUACCAGGCAACCAAAUCGGAAUAUUUCUCUUUAUUUGGAAAAAAAACCCGAACCCGCUUUUUCCGGUUUUCUUUCAGGCGAGCUUUUCGGUAAAUAACUACUAGUAGUGCACACACCCCCACACAAAACGAAAUUAAAACCACAACGAACAACUCUCUCUUUCUUCUUUUUUCUCUCUCUCUCUCUACACGUUGUUCUCGUUUCACUUUCUUCAGCACCUUUCUGCAUCUGAGAGCCUCAUUUCUCUGUGCUUGAUUCUUCGUUUCAAUCCAGCUCCAGACGUCAAUUCUGAACCAUUUGAUUCUGUGAAUGUUAGUCUCAUAAAUGGACAAGCUCGGAGCCAUUCGGCUUAAGCAGCCCUCUGGAAACACCUUCGUCUCUGGUGUUGGUGUGCUGCUUGAGAAAACGAAGAAGGAGAGGAUUAGGAAAUUGAGUGCUAUUGGGAGCUUCAAAAUGGGUUGUGAUGUGUCUGAUAGAGAAGAUGUGGAGCUCCCCAGUAAGAGAUUUAAGCUACCCAGAAAGUUUUCGAGUGACUGCAAUGGCGUUCAUCUGGGCUCUGUUCCGAGGAAGCUGCGUUCAGCAAUGAAGAAGCGCCAUCCUCAGUCUACAUCUCCUUCUUUACCACAUUCAAGGAAGCUAAUGAGUGGCAUUGAGUCUCUCAGCUGCGAUGGUGUAAAGAAACCAUGCUUGAAACAAGGUGACAGAUCCCAUAAAGAGACUGUUUCUGGGCCUAUCACAAAAGAUGAGGAAGAAGUUGUGGAGACCUUGUAUGCUUUGGCUGGAUUGGUGUUCCCCAACAAUGAAGCAAAUGGUAAUAGCAAAGUAGACUCUGAAGCUUUUGAUGCAAAUACUUCAGCUUUGCCAGAGUCGAAGAACAGUCCUAAGCCUGCAGUUGAAGUUGGAGACAUCAAACUGGAUCCAGUUUUCCCCUGUAGAGCUGCCAGCUCCACCAGUCAAUCUUUCAUAGAAAGAACCGAUCAAGUUGAUUUACUGAACAAACCGGGUACUCAAUCUCAGCCUAAAUUGCCCAACAGUGGCAAGUCCUGUAUAGAAUCGGAUAAUAACAUCCCUCAGAAUCAAACAAACAUUCCUUCCUUGUCAGCUAAGGUUGAACAGUGCAAUGAAAAGCCUUUUGGCAAUGCUGUCAACUUCCGUGAUCCAUCUGAGUUAAGCCUGGACAGUCGGUUAAAGCAAACUGUGGAACAGAAGACCUCAGAUUUUGGGAGAAAACCAGAAAAUUCAGUGGAGCUGGGCACAAACAUUGGGAGUCAAGUUCAAAAACAUGAGAUGCUCCAGGAAUCCAGGAAGAAAGGUUCAGGAUUGUGGCCUGGCUUGUCUUCAAAUGUCUCGCAAGCUAGGAGUGAUAGUCCACUUCCGCAGAGCCCUGCUGCUACACUGCCACCCUGGAUGGAUGCUCCAUGUUCGACCUCCAAAGCGCUGGCCCCAAAUGGUUCUUCUUUUGCGAAGGUUACAAAAGUUGUCGAUGGUAGAAGAUCGUGUAAGAAAUAUGCAGUUCAUGUCUACAUAAGUCAUUUGAUCCAGUCUCUUAAAAGCUCUGAGAACAAAGAUAAGUUAAUGUUACAACCUAGUCAGAUGAGAGCACAUGAAGGAUCCAGACAAGGGGCUUUUCUGGGAUUUAAUACCUUUACUAAUGUUAAAAGUGGUUUCAAUGAGGCUGUUUCCAGUAGUAGCAUAAGUAUCUCUACUGCUGAAAAUGUUUCAAAUGAAGCUAAGAACGGCAUUCUUCAGCACAAGAAGCUCCAUCUAGAUCAGCCAUCGUCUACUUUGGCAUCUGGGGUACACACUUCACCAAAACAGACUUUUGAUUUCCUUUCAUUGUCAGCUGGAGGUGGCAGCUUGGAAAUUAAUGAUAGUUUUAGUAGAGGUAGAUAUGGGAUGGAGCUGUUAUCACAAGCCCAACUUCCUUAUCUUCAUUCUUCUGUGCAGCAUCACAAUCUCAUUCCUUUCUCUUUGAACCGGUCUCGCUACAACUCUUCUGCUUCCCUCGACAGUCCCUCUGUGUCACAGCAGGGCCAACUACUACCUUCGUAUGGCAACAAAUUCUGUGGUCCUCAAGCAAAUGCCACAGCCUUGACAGAACAACCAAUUCAACCCCAACAGUUACAUCUGCGGCAGCAACAACAACAAUUACAUUUGCAGCAGCAGCAGCAUCAACAUCAGCAACAACUACAAUUGCAUCUGCAGCAGCAACAGCAAAGGCUUUGGGCAGCUCAGUUGGCGACUCAAUACAGGCCAGCGGGAACUUUGGCAGCCACAGAACCCUCACCGAGCUGGCAAAAUAUAAAGCAGGACAAUUGUAAACUGAUUCAAUGUGGACAAGCUCUCCUUUCUCCUUCUCCUUCAACACUUGAACUAGUUGGUCCCAAGUAUGCACCACUAUCUCAGCAUCAGCAGCAACUAAUGGCAGUCACUUCUUUUCCUCCCGGCAGGGUAAACCAGCAUCUGCCUUCUGUAUAUGAGGAGUCUGUAGGUGGGUACCGUGCUGCGAGUGCACUGCCAUUACAAUUACUCUGCAAUGAGCGCCUCUGAUAAGAGAUAAUCUAUGGGAAAGUUGCCGGUUAAUGCAUUUAUUUAAUUAUUUCUUCUCUUCAGACGUGGGAGUAGGACUUGCUGCGCGACUUUGUGGUGACUUUACACUAAUAACUGAACAUGGUAACCCUGCAUUUGCUUUCAUAGUUAGAUCAACUGCGGCAAUAGGAUGUUAGGCAACAAUGUGUUGUGCAAACAUAUUUGAGGGAUAUUGUUUAUCAUAACACAAGGGUUAAUUUUAUCUUACCCCUUUGGUUCCUCAAGACAUACUUGGACCUACAUACAUCUUCCAUUGUUCAGAUC